CCAAUUCACGUGGCUGCUAUCUGGAGGAAAUAGAACAGCAUUUUUAUUUUUUUAUCAAAUGUGAAAGGAAGCGACAGCCUUUAAACCUCGAUCUUCCUUUGGUAUUAUGUUGAGACUUGCUGGUAAUGCUUUUUUUGUUUAUUUUUAGUCUGUCAUUUGUAAGGAAUUAUUUAAUCAUUCCAGACAAACCAGCACGCCCCUGGGAUCCACAGAGUGACCAGGUCACCAAACUGAUGGCAUAUUUGUGGAUGCUUAAGUCAGAUGGCUACUUCAAGCUACUUAACCCAUUCCCUUGUAUUACAAAAACCUUAUUGCAGUGGUUGUGAAUGCAGGUUCUGUUGUAUGCAUUCUGCGGGCUCUGUUCCACUGUGAAGAUCAUGCGCUUAAGGAAAUUGCCUUCUGGAAAUUAUUAACCAGGGUCAGUGUUGUCUGUACUCUAGAUAAUGUGUGCUCAUUAACUGUCAACUGCCUGCCUGCCUGUCAUUAUUGAACAGUACGAUUUAAUUAAAACCCUGAAAGAACAGACUGACCAUGCACGGGCUAUAGCACAUGCACAGUGGAUUUAAUGGGAAACGGCAUUAUUUUAAAGAAGACGGAGGAAAAAGGAUCAGAGGAGGGCCUGUUGUCGGGGGGCAGAGGGGUUAGCACAAGUAAACCUGAAGCCUGCCCUGGAGGAAGCAUCCUACAAGGUGGUGAGGGAGUAGCUCUGCCUCAUUGUGUGUCCGAUCCUGGGCCCCUGUUGUGAGAGGGACUGCCCAGGUAUCUCACUUCACUUGUGAAUCAAACCCAGACUGACAAAGACAUGAAGCCGCUGCGCCAUCCACCCCGUCAACACAUUCAAGAAGUCACAUGUUGUUGAGCCCUUGCCUGGCCUUCAAACAGUGAGUGUGUUUAUGUUGGAUCGCAAUGGACUCCCUGGCUGGCGGUGUGAAGGAGAAAGCUACGAUUUGCAGCACCAAUCCCUUUGAAGACGCAGAAACCCUGGAGCAAGUUUCAUUAGAGUCUAUGGAAAAUGGAGGAGAAAAUCUUGAUUCAGCGGAGAAGUCUGGUGUGAUUGGUAAAUUAGGAUCAGAAUUAACUUCAGUUCCAAGUGACAGUGAGGAGCCAACAAGCCCAGAUGGACAAAAAUCUAUCUUACAGAGAAGCAGCCUGGGCAGGCUGAGUUCAAGGCUAUGGUCAGGACUUAGGAAGGAUGGGGCGGGGAAACAAGAGCAGCGAAAAUCUGUCAGUGAAGAUCAGUCUGAACGCUGGAGACUCUCAGGUUCAGAAUUAACUUCAGUUCCAAGUGACAGUGAGGAGCCCAAAAGCCCAGAUGGACCAAAAGCUCUCUUAAAGAGAAGCGGCCUGGGCAGGCUGAGUUCAAGGCUACGGUCGGGACUCGGGAAGGAUGGGGAGGGGAAACAAGAGCAGCUAAAACCUGUCAAUGAAGAUCAGUCUGCACACAGAAUACUCUCAGGACCUGAAUUAUCAGUCCCAGGUGACACUGAGGAGAACAAAAGUCCAGAUGGAUCUUUGUCUCCAUUGAAGAGAGGAGGCCUGGGCAGGCUGAGCUCAAAGAUACUGUCUGGGCUCAGAAAGGAUGGGGAUGGUAAACAAGGCCAGAUGAAAGCCGUUGCUGAAAUAACAGCAGAGGAAGUUGAAACGCCACCUAAACAUAAAGAACCUGAGGAACCCCUGUCAGUCAUGGAAAUCCAUGAUCUAAUUAACAAGGGGGUCCUAGAAGAAGCUCAUCUACAUCUACUGCUGCUGAAAAAGGAGCUGGAUGCAGAGACGUCAAAGAUCGUGCAAGAAGGCGCUCAGUCAGAACUGUUAAGGAAGACGAAGGACAUGGAGCUGCUCUGUGGCGCGCUCAGGGAUAAGCUGAAAUCCAUCGUGAAAGACUCGCUGAACAACGCAGAUCUUCUGACCGAUGCUGUCAAAAUAAUAGUAGAGGAGGACAAGAAAGAACAUGAUCCGUCCUAUUGUGAAGCCAGCUGUCUCAAAGGGCCCCAGGAAUGGAAAGAGCUGUGGAGAGAGGCUGUGCAAGAAGGCGUGCGGGAACGAAUUGCCAGCGUCCCCAUCGCAAAAAGAGAGGACAACCAGUCGUGGCUGGCUGUGCACUUAGCGCUUCUCGGGAAGUCUAUCGUUGAUGAUUUGGGGAGUGUGAAGAUCAUGGUACAAAAAUGCUAUCCACAGGACUUUGGCGUGUGUGACACUUACGUGGCAAGCUCUCAUCAAGCCGUUUCUUCACACUUGCAAAAGAUCAUGCAGCAAAAGCUUGAAGUGAACGAAUGGUAUGCCCUUUUGAACUGGACAAUCAACUGCUAUGAAAGUGAUAAAAUAAUGGGGAACCUUGUUUUGAAACCAGAAGUAAACACUGAAAGUUUGGAUCCUUUAUUAGAUAAAGAUACAUUGGAAAACAUGAAGACAAAUUACAGCACUGGGCUGCAGGUGCAACUGAAACACUGUUUGGAGAAUAUGUUAAACAUUGAAUCGGAAAAAAACUGGGAAAGCGAAGAUGAGCCUGAGAUACUGAAUGGCUAUUACCACUCAGAAAUACAGAUCGAUAUAACCGAGAUGACUCACAGGUAUGUUGCGACGUCACGAGAAAUCGGCACAGACUUGGAAGAGAGAGUUCUGUGCACCUGUUCAGAGGAGCUGAAACGUUUCUCACGACAAUUCCACAACACUUUCAUGGAAUGGAGAACUUCCUCCUCAAACUCUGCAUUACAAAAGAUGCACUCCAUUGCUUACAUUAACAGCUUCAGCAACAUCAAAACUGAAAUGGACAAAUACAAAGAGAAAUGCCCAGCACAGAUAGAGCAAUUGAACAACGAGCUGGACAAAGUGAUCCAGGAUUUUGGAGCAACGCUACUAGCUGAUUUUAUACAAGAGACAGAGCCGUAUUUUAAGAAAUUAAUGACAAAGAGGUGGCUUUCGUGUGAGGAUGAUUUUGAAAAGAUAACGGAGAUUAUUGAAAAUCAUUCCGAGCUUUACAAGAAAAUGAAGCAGCCGUGUUUUCAGAAGUGUGUGAAUGACAUCCACUACAAUACUGUGAAGGGAUACAUCACACAGAUAAUGAAGAAGAAUUAUUCUUGCAAAAACAGAAAACACGAGCGAGCAGCAGCAAAGAUAAAGGUGGAGUCGGAGGCUCUCCGGAGUCACUUUGAUGACAUGGGUACCACUUCGAAAUGGCUUCACUCCGCAGCUCAGCAUCUCAGUGACAUCAUUGGAGUAAAGAACAAAAAGGACAUCAAGGAAACCAUCCCGCCUCUGUUUUCUGACUUCCCAGAUAUCAGCUUCAAACAGCACACGUCCUGUUCACAGCAACACCUGCAGCAACAGUAUCUUCUCUCUUUUGAUGGUUUCAGUUACAUAUUUUUUUUGUACUUUAACCGCAGUUCUUAUUUUCUGCAUUGGAAGAAACUUGAACUUUCCACAAGUGUGCUGCAUGGUUUGAGCAGCAUGUCGGAGACACAGUAAACACACAUUACGCAGUGAAGCAUGAGUGUGCCAGUGAAGCCUCAUCUAACUGAAAGAACUGAUCCAAAGUAUCUAUUUGCAUCUCUCGGCUCAAGUCAUGGGUAACAAGCUGUAGCUGUAAAUGAUGUCCUUGCCAGUGGUUGUUCAGACCUAGUGUAGACUCUUGUGUUGGUGCCACGGCCAGAAAAGGGCUGGCAAUAUGCAGUGUCCUGCAUCAGGCAGUGGUGGCCUCUGCUCUCAGUUUACACAAUAAAGGAGUGGAAAAUCAAACACUGCUGCUUCUCUGCCUGCCUGUUUACUGUGACUGUGGGUCUGUCUCUGCUCCAGAUGCACCUCUCUCAAGAGGGACCAUGUGAGGCAGUAAGAGAGCAGCAGUAACUCAAAAACUAGAAAAAGAGAAUUCGCAAGGGACUGUUUUUGCAUAGGCAGUACUGUUUGUUUUGAGUCAGCGAGUGAUAAGUGCGUGCUAAAGAGCUUGUCUGAUCUGUUUCCUGUUUUUGCCUGUUUGACCUUGAGCUGUCCUGUCGCAGUACUCUUUUACUGUUUGUUUUCUGUAAUAGCUCUAAUAUGUUAUAAUAAUCUUUAUUUAUAGAGCGCCUUUCAUACCACAAGAUUCAAGGCGCUGCACAAAAAACAAAAAAGGUAACAGAACACAAAGAUUAAAAUCAAAGUUAAUAAAACAGCAUAAAUUGAUGAAUACGUUAAACAGGUUAAAAAAAAACACAUCAUAUAUCGCAAAAAGAGAAAAAAGACACAGUUUAAAACAACUAAAAAAAACAAUAUACAAAAUCAAAAAGCUAAAUUAUAAAAAUAGGUCUUAAGCCUAGAUUUAAAAGUAGCUACUGUAGGUGAACCUAUGGUCGGGGAGUGUGUUCCACAGCUGCGGAGCACGAACACAAAAAGCAACCUCUCCUUUCCUCCUGAGCCUCACCCUUGGAAUACAGAGGAGGCCACUAUUAGUCGAUCUCAAUGCAUGCCGAGGCUGAUAGAGACAACAACUCUGAGAGGUAAUCUGGUGCCAUUCCAUUUAGUGCUUUAAAUGUAAGCAAUAGAAUUUUAAAAUCAAUUCGAUAUUUCACUGGAAGCCAGUGCAGAGAAGCAAGUACAGGAGUUAUAUGUGCUCUCCUUUUGGUUUUGGUAAGGACCCUUGCAGCUGCAUUUUGCACAAGCUGCAGCUUUAAUAAAGCUUGGCUAGUAAGUCCAGAAAAAAGAGCAUUACAGUAGUCUAGUCUACAUGAAAUAAGAGCAUAGAUUACUUUUUCAGCAUCAGAUAAAGACAGAAAUGAUCUAAUUUUGGCACUUAGAUGAUAAAAACAUACUUUUGUAAUCAUUUUAAUAUGCGACUCGAAACUUAAAGUAGAAUAAAAAAUAACACCCAAAUUUCUUACUUCAGACUUCAAAUUAGGAGUUAAGUCCCCCAAAUGUAUUUUUGAUUAAUCAAUUUGUUGCGGAGAGCCUACUAUCAACACUUCUGUCUUAUCAGAGUUUAAUUUAAGGACAUCCAAGUUUUGAUGUCAGUGAUACACUCAAGUAAGGCUGAUGUUGUGCUAAUGUCACCAGGUUUCACAGAGAUGUAUAACUGUGUAUCAUCAGCAUAGCAGUGGAAAUUUACAGCAUGUUUAUGAAUAAUCUGGCCUAGAGGUAACAUGUAUAAAGAGAAUAAUAUCGGACCAAGAAUCGAACCCUGAGGGACACCACAGGUAAUAUUUGCUAAACCCGACACAGACUCCCCCAGUUUAGGUAGGAUCUAAACCAGUUUAGUACUUUACCAUCUAGGCCCACCCAUCCCUUAAGACGAUCAAUUAAGAUGGAAUGACCCACAGUAUCAAACGCAGCACUAAGGUCCAAAAGAACAAGAAUGGAUAUAGCAUUUGAAUCUGCACUCAUUAAUAAGUCAUUUGUUACUCUUACCAGGGCAGUUUCUGUACUGUGAUUUGAACGAAACCCAGACUGAAACUUUUCAAACAAAUUAUUAGUAAUAAGGAAGCCAUUAAGUUGUUUAAGCACUACCUUUUCAAGAACUUUUGCUAGAAAAGGGAGAUUUGAAAUGGGUCUGAAGUUACUCAAAAGUGAACUGUCUAAGUUAGGUUUUUUAAGUAGAGGCUUAACCAGGGCAAUUUUGAAAGAAGCCGGAACUAUUCCAUUUUCCAGCGAACUAUUCAUAAUGGCAAGAAUAUCAUUACACAAGUAACUAAGGACGUCCUUCAGAAACCUUGUUGGAAUGGGAUCUAACAUACAAGUUGUGGAUUUCAUGUGCAUGACAAUCAUGUUUAGUUCCUGUGCAGUAAUACAAGAAAAUGAUUCCAUCACUGUUUUCCCCAGUCUAUCUGAAAUAAUUAAAUUAGAACCAUAAGAUGGAAUUUGUUCCCUAAUAGUCUUUAUUUUAUUUUCAAAGUAGUUGAGGAAUUCUUCACACUUGGACGAGGACACUUCUAUGUUGCAGAUGGGUGAGAAUGAAGGAUUUAUCAAUUUAUCUAUUGUUGAGAGAAACACCCUGGAGUUAUUUUUAUUUUCCUCAAUCAAUUUGGAGAAAUAUGCACAUCUUGCAGAUCUUAUAGCUUCAUUGUACCUCGAUAGAUAAUCUUUCAUAAUAUCAAAAUAGAUAGUAAUUUUGUAGCCCUCCAUUUUCGUUCCAUCUUAUGACAGUCUCUUUUUAUUUGAGGGAUAUUAUUGUUAAUCCAGGGAGCAUUAUGUUUAAGUGAAACUAGUCUUGACUGGAGCAACUGUAUGAAGAGUAGUAGUGCAAAGGUGGUUAAAUCUGUCAACUAGUAAUUCAGUAGACAGAGACUGCAAAGGAAGUGAUGGAGCUGAACUUAUUAUUUCAGAAAACCUUGAAACAUGCUGAAUAAAAUCAAGAGAGUCCAGGAGCCUUAAAAAGUCAAUAGCCUUUGAAUCAGCUUUGUUAUCAAUGUGAAGGUUAAAAUCUCCAAGUAAAAGAAUCCUAUCAUAAUUAGUUGACAAUAAAGACAUAUAUUCAGCAAAUUCAGGCAGAAAAAACUGACUAGGUUUAGGUUAUGUAACAUAUAAACACAAUUCUAUUGAAUGAGCAGAAAACACCUGAUUGAAUGAGUUCUAACCAAGGAUAAAUAAUGCCCUGGAUUUGAAAUCAAGGAAAUUCUUUAUCAUUGAGUGUAAUUUAAUAUGAAGGCAUACGGAGGCACGGUUUGUCUGUUUGUCUCUCUCUGCGUCUGUCACUCUACCUUUUUACAUAUAUGUUGUAACGACCCUAGGUCAACAGUUCAAUGCCGCAAGUGUUCAGGGAUGUCACAGAUUCAGAUUGGAGAGUCACCACCAAUCAGGGUUUCGGCUUGCCGCGUGAGUGGUACAAGGUUGCAACAUCGCUGGCAAAACCAAGGGAUGAGAUGUUACAACCAUCAGGGGAUGGAGAGCGGGAAGCCGUGUCUGCUUGGGAUUGGCGGCUGGUGCACCGGAGGGCGUGGCCUGGAUGCAGGAAUAAGCAAUGGAAUGCUGGGACAGAGAGAAGCUGGAGUGAGAAAAGGAACAUGGAAGACAGAGCCAAGGAGAGCAGAAGGGAGAGAAACUAGCGGCUGCACUUUGUGGCUGUAGCACAGUGUGUUUUUGGACUUUCUUUUCUGUUAUUUUAUUAUUUGUCACAGUCUGAGCAGCACUACGGUAGUCAGCUGUUGUUGUACCACUGGCUGGUAAAGUAGCACGCUUUUACCUGCCCAGUGUAGAGUCCCGGCUUAAUAAACCGUGAAUUCGAGAACCUGCAAAUCCUGUGGGAGCCUCCUUCAUUUUCCCGCAAAUGCUACAAUAUAUAUAUACAAAGAGAGAAGAGCGUAUGCAAUUAUGAAAAAAACUUGAUCAGGACAUACUUUAGAAAAAAGUUAUGAAAGUAUCAUAGUCUUGUCAUAUAUGAAUAUGCAUAUUUCUGUAUGUCAGACUUGCAGACUGUGGUUAUAGGUCAUGAUAAUUUAUCCAUGUU